AUGUGGAGUAAUCUAUUUUCUAUCUGGGUGUGUUUCUCACUUUGCUUUCGCCGGAUCGAUGCUGAUGAUGAACGGUUUUCAGGGACCCAGUCGCAUUUGCAGCACUCUCUUCCACAUGAACAAAUGCAGCACAUAAAUUCAGAUAUCGGGAAAGAACAACGCCAUGCAACUGGAACUGAAUUCCAGGGUGGGCAACCAAAUAUCGAUCAACGUGUCCAACAGCCUCCGCAGUACCAUGAACCACCAUUAUCGUCUGAUGUUUCACGAACAAAUGAUCCACAUAGAACUGCUCCCACUGCAACUCAACACAUUCAUGUCCCACCCGAUUCCCAACCCUCGCAGGUUAGCGGCAGCUCUUCAGCACAUUACGUGGCUCGUCCGAGUGAUACUAGGGCUGCUGCAGACAUGAAUGCGGACAGUCCCGGUUUCCAACAUGCAACGGUGGCGCGUCACGAAGGUCAACGACUUCCUUAUCGGCAAACCGAGUUCCAUAGUGAAUCCCAUGGUUCAUCCCCUUCAUACUCACAGCAGGUUAAUGUGGAUAACAUGCAUACAGGGGGAAAUGUUGAUAUGCGGCUAGAUUUAGAUGAUCAAGGACAACAAAACCCUGCUGCUAGCCAGCUGCAUCCCUCUGAUCGGUUUCAUGACCAGAAUGCCAAAUUUGACGCCGUAAGGUCGCACGACACGAUUCCGCCACAAACUGUUCGCCAGCAUAAAGUGCAUGAACCCUCUGAGUCGCAUCACCCGGAAGGGCGUACCGCAAGUCAGCUUCGUGAAAGCCAUCAGCCUGAACACUGGGAAAGGGACGGUUUGCCCGUUUCUUUCGGUUCAAGCAGUGAUUUCAUCCACAAAAGAGCAUCUGAUGACCAUCAACUAGACUCCGCGCCCGACCUCUACAAUCAGUUCCGGCAUAGCCAUGAAACGGACGAGCGUCAGGCUCCUAGGCAAGGAGAAGUCCCACAACGUCGUUCAAAUAUACCCCGUGAACUUCAGCUAGACGACACUUAUGUAUUCCCCUCGGCCGAUGAGGACCGACGUGGUCGUUCUUUAUCUGAUGACUUUGUUUCUAUGACGUUGAUUGUCAGUCCUGGAAUAAAGGAGUGUGUUUUCUACGUGCCGAUCUCAAACUUCAUUCUGGAUUAUCAGGUUAUUCGCGGUGGACUUAUAGAUGUCGGCCUAUUUGUAAAAGAUCCCCAAGGCGAACCGAUUGCCACAAGACCGCCGUCACCAGAUGCCACAGUUUCCAUCAAAGUCCCACCACAUUUUCAACUGAGACCUUACGCUAUCUGCUUCGAUAACAGGAAAGCAAGUUAUGCCGAUAAACAUGUUUCAUUUUCCAUCGAUGUGGAUUUGAACUGGGACAACCCAUCUAGUGCCGAACGUGCUGUGAUCGAGGCACUCCACAAGAGUUCUUUUGCUGAUGCACAAACUGAGGCUAUGGAUGCGCAGUACAUGGAGAGUUGGAAGGCUUUGAGUGAUCGGAUGGAAAGCUUGUUUGGACGGUUAAGACGCAUCGAACAUUUACAACAGAAGACGGAUAAUUUUGCCUCUGUUGACAAAGCAUUAAUGGAAGCGAAUGGAGAGCGUGUUCUGCGUGGUUCCUUGGUCCAGAUAUUCAUCUUGCUUACUGUAGCUGGUAUUCAAACCCUACUUAUUCGCGCUUUUUUCGACUUCAACAGUCGUUUCUACCGAGUAUGGUUCGGCAGACGAUCAGCAACCAGCGCCCGAUGUUGACUUUGCCAUUCUAGUCUCCUUUUCUGUUUUUUCGACGCCGCCAUUCAUGUUGCUGCUCCCGUCUUUCUUCGCCUAUUGAAAUACUCACAAUCCCGAGCUUCCGUGAUGUUAUACCGUUUGUUGUUCGUUUCGUUGGUCGAGUUUUCCCACAUCAUGAGUGCAAUGUCAAAUUCCAUAUCAAAUAAAC